CGGAGGAAGUGGGAUCCGGGCCGGGAGGGUGGCGGCCACCGCACGCCACCCAAGAUGUCAUUCACUGCUCCUCGGCCAUGGCCACCUCUGGACGCCUCAGCUUCACCGUGCGCAGCCUCCUGAAUUUACCCGAGCAGGAUGCGCAGCCUCGGGCGCGGCAGGACCCCGAGCCCCGCGUCCCCCAGGCCGAGCCCUGCGCCGCCUGGCUGGAGUCCGAGCGCAGCCACUACCCCUCCUCGGACGAGAGCAGCCAGGAGCCCAGGCCGCCCGAGUCGUCGCCGCGGGCGUCGGAUCGGCCCGCGUCUCCGGGCUGGGACGGCGCGAAGCGGAAGAAGCGGCGCGUGCUCUUCUCCAAGGCGCAGACGCUGGAGCUGGAGCGGCGCUUCCGGCAGCAGCGCUACCUGUCGGCGCCCGAGCGGGAGCAGCUGGCGCGGCUGCUGCGCCUCACACCCACGCAGGUCAAGAUCUGGUUCCAGAACCACCGCUAUAAGCUGAAACGCGCGCGCCGGCCCGAGUCGCCCGACCUGGCCCGGUCGGUGGAGCUGCGCGCCGCGCCCGGCCUGCUGCGCCGCGUGGUGGUGCCGGUGCUGGUGCACGACGCGCAGCCGGGCGGCGGCGGGGCGGACGGCCGGGACAAGGGCCGCGCUCCCCGCACCGCCGCCGGGCCCCUGCCCGGCUACACACCCUUCGGGCCCGGCUCGGCGCUCGGCCUCUUCCCGGCCUAUCAGCACUUAGCGCCCCCCACUCUGCUCUCCUGGAACUGGUGAGGCCGCGGCGGGGUGUUUGGGAUCCCCCAAACUCCACGGACUUUUGGCCCCCUGUGCGGAUAGCCCAGUGGGGCUAGAUCCAAAGGCUUGGAUUGCUCCGGGGCCACGUCCCCGUAGGUCCCCCCAACUCACCGCCCCCACCUCCGGGUGCCCUGGUCCGCCUUAACCAGCCGUCGCGGAAGCGCGCGAGCAAACGCGAGGAACUUUCACCAACACGCCCCAUCUCCCUCCCUCCCCUCCACGCAGAAUCCCAGAGCUUGGAUUUUAUUGCUUGGGCCUUAUUUGUAUAUUUUUAA